AGCUCUGGUGACAAGGAUGUCAUCCUGAAUAUCCUCAGUGUCCUCACUGAUUUGCUGUCUCUGGGGACCGGCCGGAGGAUUCAGUACGUGAUCAGCAAGGGGGGCAGUGAGGCACUGCUGCAGGCUCUCACCACUGCUGCCCGGACCGAGCUGCUGGACCACAGCAUCCUCCUGCCCCUGCUGCGGCUGCUGGCCAGGGUCGGACAACGAGAUAGGAAGUUUGGGAUGAAAGUGCAGAAGGCAGAAGCAACAGAUACAUUACUGAGCUUGGCAAGAAGAAACUUGGGCCACCACCUACACCUCACCCACUGCCUCUGGGUCCUGCGGGUUUGUGCUUCUAACAUUACCACAGGAACUACACUUGGCAUCAAUGGAGCCAUGGAGCUGCUUUUCAAAGUCAUCACCCCCUACAGCAAGAGGCACGUCAGGACAGUCAGGGCAGCCAUUGAGGCUCUGGCAGCUUUGCUGAAAUCAAAGUCUAACAGCCGACGAGCAGUGAGCAGAGGCUACCUGGAUGGGUUGCUGAGACUCUAUCAUGACUGGCAUCGCAAUGAUGUCUCCAACAACUACAUCUGUAUUCGAAGGGGUCUCCUGCUCUGCCUAAAGCACAUCACCAACAUCCAACUGGGCAGGGAGACUUUCCUUUGUUCCAAGGGUAUGGAGAUUCUCUUUACAAGUGUACAGGAUUGUUUAUCUUGCAAAAAUCUGGAUCCUAUCGUCAACACCGUGACUCAGAUUCUGAGGAAGUGCUACCCCAAGGAGCCUCUGCCAGUGGCAACAGUAAGGAGUUCCUAUUCCUUCCCUCUUCCUGGGAAUGCCAAGGCUGAACUUCCAUGCGCGGGAUCUGAAGGUGACUAUGAAAGCGAUGGAGAGGAAGAGGCUGAAAAAGGCCUGGAUAGCGAGGAAGAGGAGAGUAAGGAGGAAGAUUAUGACUUGGAGACAGAUGUGAACAAAUUGAGGUCAAAGCCAGCUCUUGACCGGCCGCAGGAAGAGCUUGGACAAUAUGAAGCAAUGUGUCCAGAACUUUCCCAUAAUUUUCAGGAGCUUGAAACAGAGUCUGAGGAAGAGAAGAGCUUGGAGGACAGAACCGAGAGUCUUCUCUCUGCUCCCUCUCAUUCCAUUCCAAAUGCUACUUCUGGGAAACAUCCAAACUACAGAUUGAAAAACCAAAGUGUCACAGAGAUGGGACCAGAUCCAAGGGAAAAGGAUUUCAAAGUCCCACUGCAGAGAUGGACAAAGAAGGAGAAAUGUAGAUGGGAUCAGACUGAUGAAAAGAGAGACAUUGCAGAAGCAGUCCAAGACGCAGACUCCUGUGAAGAUCCAGCCGGGAAUCAUGUACUUAUUUUACGUCCCCUCCCAAAAGAUCCUGCUUGGUACAAAAAAACAAUUUACCCUGAAUGUGAGGCCUUGAUCAAUUCUAGUGCUGGAGGGAGCCUGGAUUGCUCAGACAUAGUGACAAACCUUCUGGAGAGACACCAAGGAGAUAUCCCAUUCCACAGCCCUCGCUUCUACAUAGCAAGGGCCAAAUGUGUAAAGUCCAUACCAGAUUACAAAGACUUGGCAUUCCCUGAUUUCUGGGGUCACCAACCACCUCCUUACAGCAAGUCCAUGUUGGAGCGCAAGUAUGGGGUUCAGAGGGACAAAGUACUAGAUGAUGUUCGCCGUUUAAUCCAGCCAGGUGAUGUGAUAGGCAGAACUGUUUUUGAUUUAGAUGAGCCCAGUCACUCAAGCCCAGGUGCUCCAGGCUGUCUGACAUUCUUCUCCAAGUUUGAAUCGGGAAACCUUCGCAAAGCCAUCCAAGUGCGUGAGUUUGAAUAUGACUUAAUCAUGAAUGCGGAUGUGAACAGCAACCAGCAGCACCAGUGGUUCUACUUUGAAGUCCGUGGCAUGAAAUCAGCAGUUCCCUAUCGCUUCAACAUUAUCAACUGUGAGAAGUUCAACAGCCAAUUUAAUUAUGGCAUGCAACUGGUCAUGUAUUCAGUGAAGGAAGCUCUCCAGGGCAGACCUCGCUGGCUUCGGGCAGGCCAUGAUAUCUGCUACUACAAAAACCACUACCGCUGCAGUGCAGCUGCAGGACGAGGUGUGAAAGGAAAUUUCUACUACACACUCACCUUCAGCAUCAAGUUCCCUCAUAAAGAUGAUGUCUGCUACCUGGCCUACCAUUACCCCUAUACCUACUCUACAAUGAUGUCCCAUCUUGAUAUCCUGGAACGAAAUAGGAACCCCAAGAAGGUUUACUGGAGACAGCAGACGCUCUGCCAGACACUGGGAGGAAAUCUAUGCCCGUUGCUCACAAUCACUGCCAUGCCAGAAUCUAAAAAAAGAGACGACUUGGAGCAAUUCU